AGCCGCUGCCACCACCGCUCUGCCCGGUCCAGCCAUCCGGCCCAGUGCUCCCACCUGGCCUGGCCAUCCGUGGAGACACCUUCAACCCGUCCCGGGGGGUCCGGGAGGCAGGGAGGGAGGAUUCUGGAGCUGGAGCCAGCCCUAAGCAUCACCGGAUCAGCGAGACAGGACAGGUUGAGGGGCGUCGGGGAAGAGGGGGUGCUGGAGGUGAUCCCGGGGAGGACGUGGAAGCCCUGUUGCAGGAAUUCCUGUUGGCUGACUUGCAGGGGGGCUUGCUUACAUUUGGUGACAACGUGGGUGCUCUUCUCCCUGGGGGGCUGAGUGAAUUGAAGGGCGUGGGAUCCAAAGCAGCACCAGCUGUCCCCCAAGAAAAUUAGGGGGCAGUGGGGGAGAAAAUGCUCCCUGUUUUGAAGUGACAAUCCCAGGUAGAUGCACUAACGAAAACAAAAAAGGCAGGUUUGGAGGUGACUUCGGAAAAGAUCCGGAGGGAGGCAAGGUGAGGAAAGGGUCUGAGCAACCGGCCAACCGGGACUCUGUGCUGUUAGGAGUGGGGGUGUCUCGGUGGAAAAGAGACUCAGAGAAGCCUUCCGACUUCAGAGGGACGGUUUGGACAGUGGAAGGCAGUUUGGGGGGCCCGAGGGCAGGAGGGAUCCUUUCCGCUGAGAAGGUGGCCUCGGAAAACUCACCAAGGUUGGCUUCCUCCUUGACAUUGGCAGUCAGUCCCAGGAGGGUGGACGGGCUACGGAGUGGCACUCUAGGUUCUGAGGACAGGGUGGGCGAUGCCUGGGGGUGUUGGCACAUCUGGGAAGAUCUGAGGGUCUCGGGCCUUGGGGAUAAGCAGGAGUGGGAGAGGGACGCUGGGCGGCAGAAAGGGGGUCGUUUUCUGCAGGGGGACAGAAGGAAAGGCGGUGUGCACUGAGAGGGACACCGGCUGCUGUUCUUGGGGAGCUCCAGGGAGUAAGGCAGCUGUGGGCUUUUCGAGUCCUGUGGGUGGGGCUGGAACCGGGCUCUGGGCCUCCGGAGCAUGCCUUGGUGAGUGAGUGAGCCUCACAGGCUGCUCAGGGGGAGCCCAGGGCUCCUGCCGGUUUGGGGGUGUCUCCGGGGGAGCCAUGGCUGCGCUGGCCAGUAGCCUGAUCCGGCAGAAGCGGGAGGUCCGUGAGCCCGGGGGCAGCCGGCCCGUGUCGGCCCAGAGGCGCGUGUGUCCCCGGGGCACCAAGUCCCUGUGCCAGAAGCAGCUCCUGGUCCUGCUGUCCAAGGUGCGACUCUGCGGGGGGCGGCCCGCAAGGCCUGACCGUGGCCCGGAGCCUCAGCUCAAAGGCAUCGUCACGAAACUAUUCUGCCGCCAGGGCUUCUACCUCCAGGCGAAUCCCGACGGGAGCAUUCAGGGCACCCCAGAGGACAACAGCUCUUACACCCACUUCAACUUGAUCCCUGUGGGGCUCCGCGUGGUCACCAUCCAGAGUGCCAAGCUGGGUCACUACAUGGCCAUGAACGCUGAGGGGCUACUCUACAGCUCGCCGCAUUUCACAGCUGAGUGUCGUUUUAAGGAGUGCGUCUUUGAGAAUUACUAUGUCCUGUACGCUUCUGCUCUCUACCGUCAGCGCCGAUCCGGCCGGGCCUGGUACCUGGGCCUGGACAAGGAAGGCAGAGUCAUGAAGGGAAACCGAGUCAAGAAGACCAAGGCAGCUGCCCACUUUGUGCCCAAGCUCCUUGAGGUGGCCAUGUACCGGGAGCCUUCUCUCCACAGUGUUCCUGGGACCUCCCCUUCUAGUCCCCCUGCCCCCUGAAGUGUAGUCCCUGGACUCAAAGCUCCAUGCACCUGCACUGAGCCAUCCUUCACCACAGCCUGACGUCCAGCCCUAUUCUUGGCCCUGCUCUCACCCUGCUGCCAUCCUCAUGCCCCAAGUAGCCAGGUCCCCCAGGUGCUUCUCUCUGAGAGCGUCAAGUCUGGCUGUGACUGAUUUCUGGGACUCCUGAGACCUGUAGAUCCUCAAACUCAGGAGUUGGAGCAGGAAUGACUGAAAAUAGCGUUGACUGAACACUUCUUUCCUUUCAUACUCACAUACCCUGGAGCCUUUUCCUGAGGUGGCACUGGAAGGUUCUCAAACUGACAGAACCGAGUUCUCAAACUCCUCAGCGCAGGCUCAGCCACUUCCUGGAGUCUUGUGUCCUUUUCAUUGCCACUGAGGCAUAGACUUAGAGAUCCACUGGAGCUCAGGAGUUGUUUUCUUUUUUUCCUGAUUUACCUUCUGCCUUGUUCUGGACACAUUCUGAACACUAUGCAUCCUAGUCAGGGCCAUUUCCGUACUAGGGCUCUGUACUAGAAUGCAGAUAUGCUGCCGGGCUCCAUUCUGGAUCCAUCAGGCUUCUGUCCUUGACCCAGAGGGACCCCUCAUUUUCAAGUAGAGAGAAGCUGUCUUUGAACCCUGCCCAGUUGUUGGCUUUGGUCUGAAUGACCACAAGUCUCAAAUGACCACAAGUUUGACUUUUUUUCUCUUCUUUUUUUUAAUAAAAUAAAAAAAAUUGGGCCAUACCCGGUGGUGCUCAGGGGCUAUUCCCAGCUGGUGCUUGGGGAUUGCUCCUAGUGGUCCUCGGGGAACCAUAUGAUGCCGGGUAUCAAACCUGGACCUUCUGCAUGCAAAGCAUGUGCUCCAGAACACCGAGCUCUCUCUCUACUCCAAGUCUAACUUUCUUAUCCCAGAGACAACCAACCCCGUAGUACGGUGUUCUAAAAACACAAAGAAUUAUACUUCCUCUGAAUCUCAGUUCUAGGAUAGAAGACACAAUCCUUAGUCUUACCCUCCAUGAUUGGACUGAAGUCAAUAUAGCCAUAUUUGCUCUAGAGUAUAUUCUAGACCCAACCGCCCACUUUCUCUAAUGAUAUUUUUUAAGAAUGAGCUAUGGGAGGGAAAAACAAAACCAGCCAUAAUUCAUAAGGAAAUAAUUUCAGAAUAAAUCAAGAACCACCUCUUGAUUUUCUUAGGUAGUUAAAAAGAAAUCUUAGUCUUCCUAUAGAACACUAAUGUUAUUUUCAGUUUUUAGUUCUUGCCACUCAACAGAGGUCUGCCAGGGAGACAAAAUAUGAGGAUGGGUGGAGAAGUUUUGAAAGGAAUUCUUGCUCACAGUUGGAAGUAGGGAUGAGGAAGGGGUCUUAACCAUGGCUUGAUUGAAUCUGUACCUGGGUUGGAGGGUGGGGGAUAGGCAAACUUAGCUACCUCAGCAAGAAUUUCUUCCAGGUCCUCUUUAAAGUUGAGGUCUUUAGGGUAAUGGGUCUAGAAUAAAAAGGACAAACAGGAGACAGCUGUGACCAUCCUAGUAACGAAAACCUAUUCCACAGUAAGUCCCACCACCCUUCACCCCUACAGUCAGUCAGGUCAAGAAGGGUAAAGGCCUCUUGAACUCUAGACCUCAUUACACCUCUAGUGCUUCUAACCGAAUAGAUUCUGCUUAACCUUAAAGCUUAUAGCCAUAGCUGGGUUUUAGGUACCCAGAAAGGGCCUGAUUAGAUUUCUCUGGGAGGAAAAAAACAAAGAGAGCUAGAGGCAGGCCUAGGAAAAGGGACCCACUGAUGCCUCCAAAGGGAGACUCUGAGUAGGCUCAAACUUAGGCCAAGUAAACCGAGGAGGCCCUGAAAAAAAAGGGCGAGGAAGGAGGUCGUUUUUCCUCAGGCUCUGUUUCUGGCUCUGUUUCCAGGGGGGUAGAUGCUCCCCUCACCCACACAAAUCCCUGCUCAGGCUCCACCCAUCUCUGGGCGCUGCCCCAAGGGACUGGAUAUCCACUCCUCGCUUUCUCUAUUAAAAAGAUUUAUACAACGCA